CCACGGCAUGACUCGAUUUAGAUUUUUUUGUAAAUGGAACAUAUAAAAAGACCAUUUAUUCUCAUGAGCUAUUGUAGUAACUAUGUAUCCCUUUAAAAUGGCAACUAAAAUAGCUCUUGUGUAAUUUCUAAGAAUGGUAUAAUACACUAAAUAUAAUAUGUGACACACAUGAGCGACACCACACACCGUACAUACAUAAGGCAGGUCAUGUGUGGUACAACAUACAGAAAAGCAAAAUUUGAUACAUUUUUCUCACAAGUUGUAUAUGGGGUCUAUGUUAGGCAUGUGUGUCGCGUGUGUGUCACACGAUAAGCAGCACGUCUUCCUCCGUCUGAUGGGCUGUGCUAUUUUUAGACCAGCCUGGUAGAAAUAGUAAAGCUGGGGUAUUGCUCCACAUAAACAGUGGUAGCUGUGGCUUGGGAUGGCAUGAAAAGUACCAUAGCAUGUCACAGAGCCCUAAACAUUGAACCUAGACUGUUUUCAUACUCAGAGCUCAGAACACAACUUCUGCACAACGUCUUGGUCAUAGUCUGAGAGAUGAUGGAGGAAAAUCUUGGAUCAGGGUUAAGUUGGGAGCUUGUGGAUUCCAGUCAGGAGGGCAGGUCUGGGGCAGAAGCUCAGCUUACAGACUGCUGGAUAAGUAUCAAGCUGUUCCUUAAGGAGAUGUCGUCUUUCAAACAGCAGAAUCCGGGCAAGUUUUGUCUUCUGGUAUGUAGUUUGUGCUUUUGCCUAGCCAUACUGGGCAAUUACAUUCCAGGAGUUGUUAUUUCAUAUAUUAUAGUGCUAGGCAUUUUCCUGUGGCCUCUAGUGUCAACACAUGAAUUAGGUUUGUGGCUGGAACCAGUUCUGCAGAAACUGAACUUUGGAGUGGGGCACUUCCUGCAAAAGAUUAAAGAGAAUCACGAAAAGCGAUUGCUCCAAGCAGAGGCUGAGAAAGAAAGCAUUGAAGCUGAUCUGUCCUCAAUGUUCCCUAAGCUGGAUUCCACGGUGUGCAGGGAGCUGUCUGUAUCAGACACAGAAGCCUCUGAAGUAACGUGGACUGAUAACGGCACCUUUAACUUAUCAGAGGGACACACACCUCAGACAGAGAACUCCGAGGAUCUAGAUCAUCGCAGCGAAGAGGAAGUGUUCUCAAGCGGCCUCACUGAAUUUCCCUCCGUGGAUAACGGCACAGGGACAAACGGGGAUGAUGAUGACCUGAGCAUCGGCUUGCCCAUCACGUAUGUCCCCCAGCACAGAGAUGCUCAAGGGACAGGUGGAGUGGAUGACGCUGCAGCGACUCAAGCUUUUGGACUUCUACAAAAGAUGGCCGAGAACACCAUCACAGCUGCAGUCACUUCUGCCAUACAAGAAAGGCUGGAGUCAGCGAUUGCUGACAACACAGACAGUGAGGCUGAGGACUUUGAGUUGCUGGACCAGUCCGAGCUUGAACAUCUGGAGGGUGAGCUGGGCUUGGAGAAAGCGAGGGGUGAACUUCAGUCCAAACAUACUAAAAAUGCCGGAUUUUUCUCCAAACUGCUUGGGCACCAGUAAUGACAACAUACAACAUCUUUGUAAUGGUUCAGAAGCAUGAGCAUAAAACAGUCCUAGAGACUGGGGAAGGUCCAGAUUAAUGACGGUAUUCCAUUUUAUUUUAUAUUUUAACGUUACAAUUUUUCAAUUAAAUCACCUUGCAGUAAAUUCCAAAUACAUAGAGGAAGGAUGCUUCUUGUACACUGCUCUGUGAGGUUUUGAUACUUGCAGUUUCUGCUUUUUUUUUUAUAUAUAUUCUUCAUGUAUUUACAUGGGCCCCCUUUUAAAAGAAAUUCCAAGCCUGGUCCCCAUUUUAAAAGAAAUUUGAUUUGAUUUUCAGGCUUGAUCUUUAUUUAAAAAGAAACCUUUGUCAUUUGUUGGUAUGGAUUUGUGAUCUAAAACAUUUGUUUGUGAAUUUUCUUUAUUGGUUAUAUUUCUAUCGGGUUGAAUUCUAUUGGUUAUAUUCAGUGUUUAUAUUGGUUAUAGACACCAAAUCAAUCCAAACAAAUAUCUAAACAAAGUAGCUUAAAAAACUAUUUAAACUAUUUUGGGACAAUCAGUUUUACCAGAUCCCCCCCCAAAUUCACAAUGACAUCACUUUCAGACUUCCUUUUUACUUGGGAUGCCAAUUUAACAGAAUGUAGUUCGUUAUUAGAGAGAGAGAGAGAGAGUCUCAUUAUGUUGCUACCUACUAUAGUAGUCAAUGAGGGAUGUGCAGAUCCUCUCCUCUCAGCGCCUUCUUUCCUGAUAAAAUACGCAGCUCAAAGGCCAAAGAGACAAGGCCUCUAACAAAAUAAGCCACGUCAUGAUGGUUUCCACAUGAAUAACUACAUCAUAUCCAAAAAAAAAAAUCUUUUUAUCUGUAACUCAAGCAGAUAAAUGUUAUGUUGCCUAUUAUGUUUUUAGGUGUUGUAUUUUUUUUUAUUUAAUCCUCGUUUUGAACCUGGAUGUCUCAGUACAAGAGUUUGCAUGAAAAAUCUUUUUAUUUGUAUUUGCACCUUACUUAGAGCACACUGACACUGAGCAUAAAAGUUUUAAGUAACUGAAACUGUUUGGAGUGCAUACACACACACACACACACACAUAUAUAUGCACUGUCCACUUUAUUAGGAACACCUCUAUAUAGUCAUGAAGUUUUCUAAUCAGCCAAUCGGUGACUGUUCUGAGGUCGAAGGAAAGUAGAGACGGAUUAAAGAAACAACAGGAAAACAACACAAUGCCACUGAGGGUUUAAUCAUUACUCAAUGAAGUUCGUUACGUCUAUCUAAAAUGACUUUCUAAAUGUACUAUGAACUGUAUAAUGAAAUAAUGUAAGCAGCCUAUAUUAUUCCAGUAACAGUUACUCAAUAUCUACUUUUCUAUUGUGAUUAAUAUGAUCAUCAUUCAAAAAAAUCAUUUGUUUCAGUGUCAGUGUAAUUCCAAAUGCAACUGAAUGUACUAUUUCUUUCUUUCUUUCUUCUCGCCUGAUAGAUUACUUCACAUACAUAUUAUGCCUGUGUGAAUUGUGUGUCAGAAUGAAAGAACAUGAAAUAUAGCUGUAUGUAAAUGAUCUUACAAGAAUGGGAUUAAAAUAUAAAGAUUUAAAGUUA